AUGGUACCCAUGUUUGAAAAUGGAACGUUCAUCAAGAUUCUAGCCUGCUGGAAGAUUCCCUUCGUAUUCCUUUGGGUCAUUCUAACACUCUCUUCGCCUCAAGUUGCUGGUUUUCCCAGAAUCCCUUCUUUGGUCCCUGCUCCCACCACUGCUACUUUUCAUGAUCAAGCUGUAGCUGAAGAAAGUGAAGCAAAUGCUCUGUUAAAGUGGAAACACAGCCUUGAAAACCAAAGCCAAACUCUCUUGCCAACUUGGACGGGUACUACUAGUCCAUGCAAAUGGGAGGGAAUUCAGUGCGACAAAUCCGAGUCUGUCUCCAGCAUAAAUCUUGAAAAUUAUCUUCUGAAAGGUACACUCCAAACUCUCAGCUUCUCCUCAUUGCCCAACCUCCUCAGGCUUAAUAUCUGCAACAACUCCUUUUAUGGAACCAUCCCCCCACAAAUUGGUAACAUGUCCAAAGUAAUAGAUUUGAACUUGUCUACAAAUACUUUCCAUGGUUCCAUCCCUAAAGAAAUAUGGACAUUGAGGAGUUUGCGUGGGCUUGAUCUUUCCAUAUGCCAACUAAGUGGAGCAAUUCCUAAUUCCAUUGCAAACUUGACCAACCUAUCAUAUCUAGAUUUAGGAACCAACAAUAUUUCCGGCUCCAUUCCUCCGGAGAUUGGAAAAUUGAACAACUUAAAGCAUCUAAGCAUUUCAGAUAAUAACCUUUUCGGUUCCAUUCCCCAAGAAAUUGGAGUGUUGACAAAGCUUCGGUAUAUUGAUCUUUAUAGCAAUAAUCUUUCUGGACCAAUCCCUACUUCCAUAGAAAAUUUGUCCAAUUUGGAAGACCUUGAACUUGAUGGCAACCAACUUUCUGGUUCCAUCCCUUACACCAUCGGAAACUUGACAAAGCUCACCAUGUUAUCCCUGAGCUAUAAUGAUCUUUCUGGAUCAAUUCCUCCCUCCAUAGGAAAUUUGAUCAAUUUGGUUUCUCUCGAUCUCCAUGCAAAUAAUCUCUCAGGAUCUAUUCCAACCACAAUUGGAAAUUUGAUAAGCCUCACCUGGCUAGGAUUGUCCGUCAACAAACUUAAUGGUAGCAUUCCACAGGUCAUGAAUAACAUUACCAACUUGAAUUCCUUGUUCUUAGACAAUAAUGAUUUCACUGGCCACUUGCCACCUCUAAUCUGCUUUGGUGGGUCAUUGGAGUACUUCACUGCUCAAUUCAACCGUUUAACGGGUCCAAUACCUAGAAACUUGAAGAGCUCCUCCAGUAUUGCUCAACUCGCGCUUCAGGGAAACCAACUGCAAGGAGAUUUAGAGCAAGAUUUUGGUGUAUAUCCGAAUUUGAAUUAUAUUGAUCUGAGUGAUAAUAAAUUUUAUGGCCACAUUUCGCCAAACUGGGGGAAGUGCCCUAAUCUUAUUACCUUCAAGAUAUCCAACAACAAUAUUUCUGGUGGUAUACCUGUACAACUUGUUGGGGCAUCCAACCUUGGCAGUCUUCACCUUUCUUCCAAUCACUUGGUGGGAGAGAUUCCGAAGGAGCUUGGGAAUUUGAAGGACUUAGUGGAACUCUACAUUAGCAACAAUCAUUUUUCAGGAAACAUUCCCACAGAAAUAGGAUUACUGCAGAAUCUUCUAGAGUUGGAUCUAGCAGGAAACCAGUUGAAUGGCACAAUACCAAAGGAAGUCGUGAGUUUUCCCAAACUAGUGAAAUUGAAUUUGAGCAACAACAAAAUAACAGGAAGCAUUCCCUUUGAGUUUGGCAAAUCACAAUCUCUUGAUACUCUUGAUCUUAGCAGGAAUUUGCUGAGUGGAAUAAUACCAACAGUGCUUGGAGGUAUGAUUCAUUUGCAAUGGUUGGAUCUCUCACACAAUAAUCUUCAUGGCGCCAUUCCAUCCAGUUUUGAUGACAUGCCAGGCUUGAUUUCGGUCAACAUAUCAUACAAUCAGUUAGAAGGGCCUCUUCCAAAAAAUCAAGCCUUUCUUAAUGCUCCAAUUGAGUCAUUGAAAAAUAACAAAGGCUUGUGUGGUAACGUCUCUGGCUUGGUUCUUUGUCCAACCUACCACAGUCGAAAGAGCCACAAGGUGAUCCUUCAGGUACUAUUCAUCAUCUUGGGUGCUCUAAUACUAGUACUUUGUGGGGUUGGAGUUUCAAUAUGUAUUCUUUGUCGAAGAGCAAGAAACAAAGAAAUCCAGACUAAAGAAGCACAAUCAGAAGAAUUCUUUUCCAUAUGGAGUCAUGAUGGAAAAAUGGUGUUUGAAAAUAUCAUUGGAGCUACCAAUAAUUUUGAUGACAAAUAUCUCAUUGGAAAGGGAGGACAAGGUUAUGUUUACAAGGCUGAGUUGCCUUCGGGUCUGGUUGUUGCGGUGAAGAAAAUUCAUUCAGAAACAAAUGGAGAGAAGCCCAACUUUAAAGCUUUUGAAAAUGAAAUUCAAGCUUUGACAGAAAUCAGGCACCGUAACAUCAUAAAGCUAUAUGGAUUUUGCUCACAUUCACGGUUCUCAUUCUUGGUUUACAAGUUUUUGGAAGGUGGUAGCUUGGAUCAGAUACUAAACAAUGACACACUAGCAAUUGCAUUUGAUUGGGAAAAGAGGGUGAAUGUCGUUAAAGGUGUGGCCAAUGCUUUAUCUUAUAUGCAUCAUGACUGUUCACCUCCAAUAAUUCAUCGUGACAUAUCGAGCAAGAAUGUUCUUUUGGAUUUAGAAUAUGAAGCACACGUCUCUGAUUUUGGGACAGCCAAGUUUCUUAAGCCUGAUUCACAAAGUUGGACCACAUGUGCUUACACCCUUGGUUAUGCUGCACCAGAGCUUGCCCAGACAAUGAAAAUGAACGAGAAAUGUGAUGUUUUCAGUUUUGGAGUACUUUCUUUAGAAAUCCUAAUGGGAAAGCAUCCAGGAGAUCUCAUUUCUUCGUUGUCAUCAUCAUCUACAACAUCAAUGAGUUAUGAUUUGCUAUUGAUUGAUGUGUUGGACGAACGGCCUCAUCAACCUGUGAAGCCAAUUGUUGGGGAUGUCAUCUUGAUUGCAAGGUUGGCAUUUUCUUGCUUGAAUGAAAAUCCAUCUUCUCGCCCAACCAUGGAUCAAGUCUCUAAAGAGCUUGCGAUGAGAAAAUCACCUUUAGAGGACCAGUUCCCCUUGAUCAAACUUGGACAACUCCAAUAAAACAUUAAACUGCUUUAAACAUUUGUUUUUUCUUGUUUUCUACUAUGUGUGA